AUGGAGAGCGAGGGCGCGAGCGCGAGCGGGCACGGGCACGGGAGCGUGGGGGACCUGCGGGAGGCGGAGACGGCGAGCGCGGCGGAGGUCGCGACGCUCGUCGAGCCGAGCUUCGACGAGAAUGUGCUCCGGGCGCUGUGCGAGACGGACUGUGGAGUGCAGCUGUUGCUGGACCGGAUCAAGCAGAGCACGAUAUCGUGUAAGGAGGUGGCGGUGUUCCUCAAGAAACGCGCGGCGCUGGAAGACGAGUACAGCAAGCAGCUCCAAAAGCUCGCGCGCACGUCGUCGGCAGACUACUCUGCCGCCUCAGAGGCCAAGGGCGGGUCGUUCGUCGAGGCCUGGCAGGCGUCGAUGCGCAUACACGACACCAUGGCGGAAAAGCGGAGCAGCUUCGCGAUACGGUUGAACGAGAUGAGCGAGGAGCUACAGAACCUCGUGAAGGAGGUGGAAAAGAACCGGAAAGCGACGAAGGACCUCUCGACGCGAUACGAGCGUUCGCUGCAGGAGUCGGAGACCAUGACGGAGAAGGCCAAGGCGCGCGUCGAGAUGACGGCGGAAGAGCUCGAGCGUCUGCUCCUGCAGAAGGAGGGCGAGUCGCUGAAGGACAACGCGAUGCAAACACGGUCGCCCGUGAACGGCAAGCGUGUGAUCGGGAAAGCGGUCGCGAAGGGCGGUCUCCUGUUGAAGGGCAAGAACCCACAGAAUCUGCAGCGCCAAGAGGACGAUGUCCGGGCACGGAUGUCUGCCGCGUCGGACACGUACCGGAAGGUGAUGAUUGAGACCCAGGCGAUCCGACAGGAGUACUUCAACUUCCAGCUGCCCCGGAUCCUCCGAUCUCUGAAGGAGUGCGUGGACGAGAUCGACCUGGGCACGCAGUACCACCUCUCCCGAUACGCGUUCCUCACCGAGAGCAUUGUGCACGACGAAGCGACCACGCUCCAGCCACCAGAAGACCGAGGCCCUCGCAGCCUCGGCCUGAAGGCGACGAUGGAGUCGAUCGACAACCGCGCCGACUUCAGGACGUGGAUGGACCUCUACGUGUACGCGCACGCCGGGCAGAACUCGCGCGCGCCUCGCAGAAACGGGCCCGAGGAGGACGGUUUCCUGCCCCCGAUCGCCGCGCUGCAGCACCAGCAGCACGUCGCGGCGAGCUCACCGGGACCGGCGCUGGCGCACCUCCCGAAAGCGCGCCCGACGUUCGGGAUCGACCUCACGGAGCAGAUGGCGCGGGAUGACGUCGACGUGCCGCCGAUCCUGGAGAAGAUGUGCGAGGCGAUCGAGAAGUACGGGCUCGACCAGCAGGGCCUGUACCGGAUCGCCGGCACGCACCUCAAGGUCAACAAGCUGAAGGACCUCCUCGACCGCGAUCUCGACGCGGUCAAUCUCGACGCGGACGAGUGGCGGUCGGAGAUCAGCAACGUCACGAGCGCACUCAAGGCUUGGCUCCGUGAACUGCCGGACCCGGUGAUCACGCAGGCCCUGUACCAAGACUUCAUCGACGCCGCACGGAACGAGAACGAGCGAGCACGGCACAUCCGCCUGCACGAGCGCGUCAACGCGCUCCCGGAUCCCAACUAUUCAACGCUCCGGUACCUCAUGGGCCACCUGCACAAAGUGGUGCAGCACUCGGAGCUGAACUCGAUGACGGUGCAGAACGUCGCGAUCGUCAUCGGCCCGUCGCUGUUCAACUCGCUGAACCUGCAGGACACGUCGCUGCAGAACAAGGCGGUGGAGACGAUCCUGGAGCACUACACCGACAUCUUCGUCGACGAGGCCGAGGAGUAG